CCAGCGGAACUGUUUCCUGGUGAGCCUGUUUACCUGCGACACAGACGGGCACGCAUGUGGGUGCAAUGAUGGCUAGUGGAGAUGUAUUGAGCGUGCUUGAGGAGUGUGUAAAGAAAAUAAAUGCCAACACAGCCCACCCAGAAAGCUUUCUGAGCCUUCAGGAUGAAGUGGCAGCAGACUUCACAUCUCUCACUAAGACCCUGUAUGACCUCCACAAAGCCCAGGAGCCUGCAGAUUAUAAAGGCAGCCCUUUGGAUCAGCUGGUGGUGGAACACUUUGACGAAGAGCAGAUUUGGCAGGAGCUGGAGCUACAGAACAACGCUGUACUGAAACACUUUAAAGAUGUAGCUGAGGAGGCCUUGUCAGAUGAGACGUUAAAUGUGCUGGUAGAGGAAGAGGACAGUGCUGAGGAAGAAGUAGAAACUCAUGAUGAAAAUGCAGAGGAUGAGGAGGAUCCACCUAGACUGUCUAAGAAAACGGCUGUGGAGCCUGAGGACGGGGCCGAGGGUAACACAGAUGAGGACUCGGAUUUAGAUUUUGAUGUGGAUGCUCUGGAGAAGCGAGAGAAACAGAAAAAGCUGAUUGGUAUGAAAGCCUCCAAAACAAAGGUGGUUCCCUCUGAGGUUGAUGAUACAUUCUUCAAACUGUCAGAGAUGGAGUCUUUUCUUGAUGUUAUGGACAAGCAAGAAGGAAAAGAUGAUAAGAACGAAGAUGAGCUAGAUUAUUUUCAAGACCUGCCCUCGGGUGAUGACGACGAAGAUCUCGACAUAGAUCAACUACUUUCUGCCAAAAAGCAAAAGACUGUAAAGAGCUCCAGGAAUCUCAAGUACAAGGACUUCUUCGAUGCUGUUGACGGUGAACCAGCUAAAGCAGAUGAGCAGUCAGAUGGCGAGGAUGACAGCAUUGAUGAAGAAGGUGAAGAAGAUAAAGAUGACGAGGCAGAUGAUUCCGACGGCGAAGAGGAGGGUGACGAUGACGAUGAAGAGGGAAAUCAGUCGAAAGCACCCCGUAAGAAAGUGAGCUUUAAACUCCUUGGAGACGAGGACAGCGAGGGAGAGGACUUGGUCGACAUUUUAGGAGGAAAAUCUGCAAGCUCAGCAAAGACUGAAUCAAAGUCAUCAUUUGAGAAACGGCAAGACAAGAUGUCAGAGAAGAUCGAUGAGUUGGAGAAAGCAGCUCUAGCAACGAAGCCGUGGCAGCUGGCCGGAGAGGUGACGGCGCAGACGCGUCCGGAGAACAGCAUGCUGGAGGAACAUGUGGAGUUUGAGCAGACAUCCAGGAUGGCACCUGGUAUCACAGAGGAAACCACACUACAGCUUGAAGACAUCAUCAAACAGAGAAUAAAAGACCAGGCGUUUGAUGACGUGGUCCGAAAGGAGAAACCCAAAGAGGAAGUGUUUGAGUACAAGAAGAGACUUACGUUGGACCAUGAGAAGAGCAAACAAAGUCUAGCAGAAAUCUAUGAGCAGGAAUACCUCAAGCAGAAUCAGAAAAAGACAGAGGAGGAUAACCCAUCCCAUGUAGAAAUUCAAAAGCUUAUGGACACGCUCUUUCUUAAGCUGGAUGCUCUCUCCAACUUCCACUUCACACCUAAACCACAUGUUCCCGAGGUCAAAGUGGUGUCUAACCUGCCGUCCAUCACAAUGGAGGAGGUGGCUCCAGUCAGCGCUAGUGAUGCUACAAUGCUGGCACCAGAAGAAGUCAAGGAGAAGAACAAAGCAGGAGACCUUAUGGGUGAUACUGAGAAGAGUUCGACAGACAAGAAGCGGGAGAGACGCCACAAGAAGAUGGUGAAGCGUGUAAAGAUCCAGGAGAAAGAAAAGAGACAAAAACUUAAAGAGGCCAGUAGAACCGAUGAGAACAGAAAGCUGUCCAAGGCUGAAGUUGCAGAGAACCUGAAGAAACUCACAAAAGGAGGCAAAGCCACAAUACUCAAGGACGAGGGGAAGGACAAGGCUCUGCGGUCCUCUCAAGCUUUCUUCUCUGAGCUGCAGGACCAGGUUAAAAGUCAGAUCAAAAGUGCAAAGGACCAGUCUUCAAAGAAGAAGAAAAACAAAGAGGUUUCUGUCAGCAAACUCAAGUUGUAACAACUGGGACAUUUUGUUGAAGACCAAUGUUUUAUUGUAUAGAUUCUUUUUUUUUUAUGAGAAAGCGGCAAUAUAUUCAAUCUGAAAGUCCUUGUUUAAUGUCUCCAUUUUCAAUAAAAUCAAGUGAGUGCCCAGA